AACCGCUCUUCUUGUACACCUUCGACGGCCAGGCGACGCCCUCAGACCAUCUUUCACGACAUCAACUAGGACUAUAGCCCAUUCAAACAACAUGGCUGAGGAUCGUCCGCCGUUGCGGCCCAUGGCGUCCCAGAGCACUCUGGGGGGCGAUUCACACUACGGCGACCCUUUCGCUGACCGUCCACGUCACAUUCAGCUGCAGGAUCCGGGACCACGUCCUUUUGAGAGUACUACGUCUCUUCCACACGAGUUCGGCGGUCGUGGUGCAGAUGACUACGACGACGAAGAAGAAGAAAAGCAGCCGCUGACCGGCGCCCAGUUUGCUGGGGGUUUCUACCCACCGGCAGACCCGAAUAGUUUCGGUGACCCGUAUGCUCGGCCCGUAUCAACAGUCUCAAGUAUGACGAACGGCGUCGAGUCCAGCUGGAGGCGUCGCCAAACCAUCAAGCGUGGCGUGACGCGUAAAGUGAAGCUCACCAACGGCAACUUCGUUGCGGAAUAUCCGGUACCUACGCCUGUGUUCAGCGCUGUUGAGGCGAAAUGGUCGCAGACCAAGACCACUGAGUUCACGCACAUGCGAUACACGGCUGCGACUUGCGACCCGGAUGAUUUCGUCGAAGCGAAUGGUUGGUCCCUCCGCACGAAAAACUACAAUCGCCAGACCGAGCUUUUGAUCGCGGUCACGUCCUACAACGAGGACAAGCAGCUGUAUGCCCGUACACUUCACGGUGUUAUGCUGAACAUCCGUGAUAUCUGCAAGACCAAGCAGUCAAAGUACUGGCGUCGCAGCGCAGAAGAGGGUGUGCCUGGCUGGCAAAAGAUCACGGUGGCCUUGAUUGUGGAUGGUUUAGAAGCCAUGGACAAGAGCGUGCUGGAUAUCUUGGCCACUGUCGGUGUCUAUCAGGACGGUGUGAUGAAGAAGCAGGUUGAUGGCAAAGAUACCGUUGCCCACAUUUUCGAGUAUACUACGCAACUCUCAGUCGAUCCUUCUCCACAACUUGUCCUUCCUCACGGAGAUGACCCCAACAAUCUGGUGCCUGUCCAGAUCAUCUUCGUCUUGAAAGCCAAGAAUCAGAAGAAGAUCAAUUCUCACCGGUGGCUCUUCAACGCCAUUGGUAGAAUGCUGGAGCCCGAGAUUUGUGUUCUAAUCGAUGCCGGUACAAAGCCCGGGCAUAAGUCCAUCUAUUACCUUUGGGAGGCUUUCUACAACGACAAGAAUCUGGGAGGUUGUUGCGGUGAAAUCCACGCUAUGAUCAAGGGUGGUAAGAAGCUCCUGAACCCCCUCGUUGCCGCUCAGAAUUUUGAAUAUAAAAUGUCAAAUAUCCUGGACAAACCUCUGGAGAGUAGUUUCGGUUACGUGUCUGUGUUGCCUGGUGCCUUCUCUGCGUAUCGCUUCCGUGCAAUCCUCGGCAGGCCUCUGGAGCAAUAUUUCCACGGUGACCACUCGCUCGCUGACCGACUGGGCUCUAAGGGUAUCUAUGGAAUGGAUAUCUUCACAAAGAACAUGUUCUUGGCUGAGGAUCGUAUUCUAUGUUUCGAGCUUGUUGCCAAGCAGGGUGACAGGUGGACUCUGACGUAUGUCAAGCCUAGUAAGGCUGAAACGGAUGUGCCGGAGAGCGCAGUGGAGUUGAUUGGGCAACGGCGUCGUUGGCUGAAUGGUUCCUUCGCUGCCUCGGUCUACGCUGUCAUCCACUUCUUCAAGCUGUACAGAUCUGGCCACGGUAUCAUCCGGAUGUUCUUCCUGCACGUCCAGGCUCUCUACAACAUGUUCACUUUGGUCUUCAGUUGGUUUGCUUUGGCCAACCUUUGGCUCACGUUCAGUAUCAUUAUCGAGCUGCUGCCCAAUCAGCAGGCACCGGCCAAGCCCAUCAUCAUCUUCGGCACGGUGGAAAUCACACAUUGGGUGAAUCAGGUGGCAAAAUGGCUCUACCUUUCGUUCUUGGCAUUGCAGUUCGUCCUGGCUCUCGGCAAUCGUCCAAAGGGGGAGAGGAUGGCGUAUACAGUGACGCUAUGGGUAUAUGCCAUACUAUCGCUGUACUUGAUUGUCUGCUCUUUCUGGUUGACAGGCGUGGCAUUGGCGGAAAUACCCAAGCAAUUCAGCGGAAUCCCAGUGUCGCAGUGGUUCUCCACGUUUAUCAAUGGGACUACUGGUGUGCUAGUCGCAGCAUUAUUCUCUACAUUCGGCAUCUACUUCAUUGCUUCGUUCCUUUACCGGGAUCCUUGGCACAUGUUCUCGAGUUUACUUCAAUACCUGUUAUUGGCUCCUAGCUUUACGAACGUCCUCAACGUGUAUGCUUUCUGCAAUCUGCAUGAUGUCUCGUGGGGUACCAAAGGUAGUGACAAGGCAGACGUGCUCCCGGCUGUGAAGUCUUCGAAAACCAAGGAUGCCGAUGCACCUGUGGUAGAGGACACCACUCGGGUGCAAGAAGAUGUCGACGCCGUGUUCAAGGAGACCGUGACGCGCGCUGUGACGAAGAUUGAGGUCAAGGAAGUUCCGGAAAAGCCCACUAUGGACGACCAGAACAAGACCUUCCGUACCCGUCUUGUGGCAGCGUGGAUGUUAUCUAAUGCUGCGCUAGCAGUUGCCAUUGAGAACCUGAAUGGUUUGUCGAAUGGAAGCUUGAGCGCCGAUAACCAAGAACUGGCGAACAAGCAGCACAUCUACUUCGCCAUUCUGCUUUGGUCGACGUUCGGCCUGGCUCUUGUGCGCUUCAUUGGGUGCCUGUUCUACUUCUUCCGCCGCAACCUGUUCCGGUUCUGCCGUAGGAAUUAAGGGUUGUCGCAUGCUGUGUCGGGACCGCGUAUUACAUUCGGUUCCACGAUCCUUUCACUUGUCAACAUGCUUUAGCUACGGCUUCUUCAUAUGUGCAAUAUCACCACGGACUUGACUGGGUACGAUACUGAAUGCGGAUCGGGAUCUUUACUCUUGGAUAAUCUUUAUAUAUCAUACAUAAAGGACUGGCUCGUCGUAGCCAUGAUCAUGAAUACAUUCCAGAGUACUCGUUGGAGUCCUCAUGGAAACUCCUGC